AUGUCGAACCCUUCCAACGCGUCCAACUCGAACCCCCCUCCGCCCCAGUCUCACGCCGGCGACCACCGGCAGGGCUCCAACGAGCCUCCCAACGGCCGCAACCACGUCGUCAUCAAGGUCGGCAUGGUUGGCGACGCGCAGAUCGGCAAGACGUCCCUCAUGGUCAAGUACGUCGAGGGCAGCUGGGACGAGGACUAUAUCCAGACGCUCGGCGUCAACUUUAUGGAGAAGACCAUCUCUAUCCGCAAUACAGAAAUCACGUUCUCCAUAUGGGACCUCGGCGGCCAGCGCGAGUUUGUCAACAUGCUGCCACUCGUCUGCAACGACGCCGUCGCCAUCCUCUUCAUGUUCGACUUGACGCGCAAGAGCACUCUCAACAGCAUCAAGGAGUGGUACCGCCAGGGCCGCGGCUUCAACAAGACGGCCAUCCCCAUCCUCGUCGGCACAAAGUACGACCACUUUGUCAACUUUCCGCUGCAGGACCAGGAGGAGAUUUCGAACCAGGUGGGCGAGGCGCUUCGCCAAGGCCAUGCGCGCGUCCCUCAUUUUCUCGAGCACGAGCCACAGCAUCAACGUGCAAAAGGUGGAUCUUCAAGAUUGUGCUGUCCAAGGCAUUCGACCUCAAGUGCACGAUUCCCGAGAUUGAAAACGUCGGCGAGCCGCUUCUGCUGUAUCAGUCCGUUUGAUACCUCCAACCAUCCGUCCGCGAGCGAGUACGAUCAUACAGACGAGUACCAUCUUAAACCAGUGGUGCAACUUUACCGACCACCCGACGACAAAAGGAGGGGGGGGGGUGGUUGCCCCUGA